UAUUCUCUAGCGAUUGAUAAAUCUAUUUAUAGAAUAGGGUGUUAUUGCACAAAGGUAUGAAAGACGUGCUGUACCAGUUAAAGUCUACAUAACUGUAAUAUAACAAUCUAUUACAUUGACAGUUAGACCUUCAGUGAGUCAAAUUGUAAAUUUACUCCGUUCUUUAAGUCAAAAACUAUAAACAAAAUGGCGUCAGGGAGAGGCAGACGACAGGAAGAAGAAAGCGACAAAAUCACCAGGAUCGCCAUUGUGGACAAAGAUAAAUGUAAACCUAAAAAAUGUCGCCAGGAAUGUCGAAAUUUUUGUCCAGUUGUCAGAAUAGGUAAACACUGUAUUGAGGUGACACCAGACAAUAAAAUUGCCUCUAUCUCAGAGACGCUUUGCAUUGGCUGUGGAAUUUGUCCAAAGAAGUGUCCGCUAGAGGCGCUGAGUGUUAUUAACCUACCCAGCAAUCUGAAGAAAGACACCACGCAUCGAUACAGCGCAAACUCAUUCAAAUUACAUAGAUUGCCUACGCCACGCCCUGGGGUCGUUCUUGGUUUAGUUGGCACCAACGGUAUUGGGAAAUCGACGGCCUUGAAAAUUCUGUCAGGAAAACUUAAGCCCAACCUCGGUCGAUAUGACGACCCCCCUGACUGGGCGGAGAUUAUUGACGGUUUCCGAGGUUCAGAACUUCAUAAUUUUUUCAACAAAAUCGUGGAAGACGAUUUGAAGGCGUUGAUAAAACCGCAGUACGUUGACCAGAUUCCCAAAGUUGUAAAGGGAACAGUCAGAGAGUUAAUGGAUUCCAAAAACACUUCCAACAGAUUGAGUGAAAUUUGCGAACAAUUAGAUCUGGUCCAUUUACUAGACAAGAACAUAGAAGACUUAUCCGGUGGAGAACUGCAGAGGUUUGCUAUCGCCAUGGUGUGUGUCCAGACAGCUGACAUCUAUAUAUUUGAUGAGCCGUCCAGCUAUUUGGACGUCAAGCAAAGACUGAAAGCUGCCAAGGCCAUACGGAGCCUGAUCCAUCCGGACAAGUACGUCAUAGUUGUGGAACACGACUUGUCCGUGCUGGACUAUUUGUCCGAUUACAUCUGUUGCUUGUACGGAGUGCCCGGAGCUUACGGAGUCGUGACAUUGCCUUCAGGAGUCAGGAACGGUAUCAACAUCUUCCUGGAUGGCUACAUCCCGACCGAAAAUCUGAGAUUCCGGGAAACAGCCUUGACCUUCAAAGUGUCAGAGAAAGCAACAGACGAGGAGCGCAAACGAUUCUGUCGCUACGACUAUCCCGCCAUGACGAAACAACUUGGAAAUUUUCAGCUCCUUGUGGAGCCAGGGGAGUUUACUGACUCGGAAAUCAUCGUAAUGAUGGGAGAAAACGGAACCGGAAAAACUACGUUGAUCAAGAUGUUGGCUGGGAUACUGCAUCCUGAUGGAGGAGGCGAAGUGCCCAGGCUUUGCGUCAGCUACAAGCCCCAGAAGAUCAGCCCCAAACACCAGGGUACUGUCAGACAACUCCUUCACGAGCGCAUUCGUGACGCCUACGUCCAUCCUCAGUUUGUGACUGACGUCAUCAGACCCCUGCAGAUUGAACGUCUGUACGAUCAAGCAGUUUUGAAUUUAUCUGGCGGAGAGCUCCAGCGUGUGGCCUUGACAUUGUGUUUGGGAAAACCAGCAGACAUUUAUCUCGUAGAUGAACCAUCAGCCUAUUUAGAUUCCGAACAGAGGCUGCAUGCUGCCAAGGUCAUCAAAAGGUUCAUUCUACACGCUAAGAAGACAGCUUUUGUUGUGGAACAUGACUUCAUCAUGGCUACCUACUUGGCUGAUCGGGUACUAGUGCUGGAAGGAACACCUGGGGUUAAGGCCAAGGCCAACACACCACAAUCUUUAGCCAGUGGAAUCAACACAUUCUUGCAACAUCUGGACAUCACAUUCCGUCGGGAUAGACAGAACUACAGGCCAAGAAUUAACAAACACAACUCAGCACAGGAUGUUGAACAGAAAAGGAAUGGUCAGUAUUUCUUCCUCGAGGACUGAGAGAAAAUCAGAGCUUUGAAAAUCAUUCAACAGCAAACAUUUCUGAAACAGGAGUUGCCUUCCAGGAGUUACUUCCCUUUACCAGAGCUGUCAAAUCCUGGAACAUUGUGCUAAAAGUGGCGCUUCGCUUGACUAGAAAAUUAACACUGGAAAGUCUUUCUCUGUCCUAAAGUUUUUUUUACUUUGUUUCUGUUUAGGAAACUGAAAAUUUUUUGACCAGCUAUAUGUCGACUUAUCAAUUUAAUAAUCGCAUAAUAUUCCGGCAAACUUUCAAACAACUGUAGGAUUACCAUUCAGCUCAACAACCGAUUAUGUCUACGAUACUAGCUUGUUUACAUUUAUUAUUGAUGUAACUAGAAUGAAAAUGUAGACAUCCCCCCCCGGCCUAAAUAAUGUAAAAUGUUAUAGCGUUUAAUCCAAGAUUUAAUGAAUUUGGAUAUAGAACAUUGAAUAAGAGUUAGUCUUAUUUUAACUUGCUAUGGUUGAACAUGACCCAAAUAUUCACGUACCCUACAACUGAUAACAAUAAACAAAAUAGAACUGGUUUACUUUAGUGUAAUUUCUAUUCAUCAUGCUAUUGCAGCGUACGUCAUAGAGAGAGUCGAGAGUAGAUCAACGUGACCUAAGGCAGUCUACACUUUAUUCAUUUUGUUUAUAUCAUUGUCGACUGUUGAUACUGUAAGAACCUUUAGUCCAUGAUUCAUAAACCUGUUCUUCUUGCUCGAGCUAGUCUUUUAGACCGCCGCCAUUGUUAUUGCGACAGCCUAAUAGUAUAUCAGACUGCUGACUUAAGACUUUUAUCUAUCUAUCUAACUAUCUAUCUAUCUAUCUAUCUAUCUAUCUAUCUAUCUAUCUAUCUAUCUAUCUAUCUAUCUAUCUAUCUGUCUGUCUGUCUGUCUAUCUAUCUAUCUAUCUAUCUAUCUAUCUAUCUAUCUAUCUGUCUGUCUGUCUGUCUGUCUGUCUGUCUGUCUGUCUGUCUAUCUAUCUACCUAUCUAUCUAUCUACAUCUAUCUAUCUAUCGAUCGAUCUAUCUGUCUGUCUGUCUGUCUGUCUGUCUGUCUAUCUAUCUAUCUAUCUAUCUAUCUAUCUAUCUAUCUAUCUAUCUAUCUACCUAUCUAUCUAUCUACAUCUAUCUAUCGAUCGAUCGAUCGAUCUAUCUAUCUAUCUAUCUAUCUAUCUAUCUAUCUAUCUAUCUAUCUAUCUAUCAAUCUAUCUAUCUAAUCUAUCUAUCUAUCUAUCUAUCUAUCUAUCUAUCUAUCUAUCUAUCUAUCUAUCAAUCUAUCUAUCUAAUCUAUCUAUCUAUCUAUCUAUCUAUCUAUCUAUCUAUCUAUCUAUCUGUCUGUCUGUCUGUCUGUCUGUCUGUCUGUCUGUCUGUCUAUCUAUCUACCUAUCUAUCUAUCUACAUCUAUCUAUCUAUCGAUCGAUCUAUCUAUCUAUCUAUCGGGAAGUGUGGUCGAGAGGCUAAGUGCGCUUGAACUUGGCUUGGCUACCUAGAAGGGGGCUAGAGGUUCGACACUCGACUCGGGCAGAGUUGUGUUAACUGAGCGCCUAAAGGCAGCACGGAAAACCAACUCCUAGAUACACCCUCCCCCCCCACUGGUCCACAAACGAGAUUGGGACCAAAUGUUCUGACUUCUGAGCAUGCUAUAAGCAUGAAAGUAGCGCUAUAUAAAAGCUAUAAUAAUAUCUAUCUAUCUAAACUUUCUAUCUAUUUAGUAAUAAAAAAUAGUGAUUUUAAAACAUUAUUAAGUAAUGACAUUAUGUCAAGGUGACAGAUUUGACAUUAACAAACAACGAAUGUCAAGUUGGUGCAGAAAAAAAAUGCUUCGCCUCUCUAAAGAAGAACAUUGCAAAGCCCACAGCUUUCAUUUGCUGUUUUGUUUAGUGUAGAGAGUUCAUUAGCACCCUGGUCUAUUGAGCAACAUCCCAGAACUUGUAUGUAGGACAUUUGAUAUGGCUGCCUGCUGUACCAUACGGUGAUUUGUGAAAUUUAAAGCCAAUGAUAUUAGGCCCUAUAUGGACUGACAUUUAACUCUUUAAGUGCGAAUUGUAUUUAUUAUAUUUCUCUUACCGAACACAAAUCUUCAAGGUGGUUAGAAUUACUAAUAAUGAUGUAACUUUUUAUUGUAUUAUAUAAUUUUACAUAUUUGAUUUUAUUGUAAAAGAAAAUAUGUCUUCGCUAGCUCUGGCGAAGUUACUCCCUGAGAGUAACCUCGCACUGAAAGAGUUUAAGCCUCGUUUAGAAAGGGAAAUAAAUGUCCUCAUUCACGAUGCUAAACAUUUAGUAGACUCAGAGGGGUUAUUACCCUUUGCAAAAAUAAACUUUCUCUAUAAGCUCAGACUUUGU